GUAGGCACAUUGCAAGAACUCCAAAGACUUUAUGAUCAGCUCAUCGAAAAAGCUGAAGACUGCCGGUUAGACAAAUAUGCCUCUUCUGAUAAAGCCGGGAGGAGUAGAUGGUUAUGGUCUCGUCUCAUACCACAGUCGACAUAUGCCCCCGUCAAAGGAUUAUAUCUUUAUGGGGGAGUUGGGACAGGCAAAACUAUGUUAAUGGACCUGUUCUUCGACCAGUUGCCUGCCAGUUGGAGGAAAAAGAGAAUCCAUUUCCACGACUUCAUGCUUAAUGUUCACAGCCGAUUACAGAAGCACAAGGGUGUGUCAGAUCCCCUAGAAGUUGUGGCAGGAGAGAUAUCGGACGAGUCCAUUUUGUUGUGUCUUGAUGAAUUCAUGGUGACUGAUGUGGCUGAUGCACUGAUACUGAACCGCUUGUUUAGACAGUUAUUCAACAACGGCGCUAUUCUUGUUGCUACUUCAAACCGUGCUCCCGAUAACCUUUAUGAAGGUGGACUGCAGAGGGAUCUUUUCCUUCCUUUUAUAGCUACUUUAAAGGAAAGAUGUGUAGCACGUGAAAUUGGUUCAGCGGUGGACUACAGGAAGUUGACUUCGGCUGAGCAAGGCUUCUAUUUUAUUGGAAAAGAUCUGUCUAGCCUAAUUAAAAAGCAUUUCCAAAUGCUAGUUGGGGAUGCUCAACCGGUUCCACAAGAAGUGGAAGUUGUCAUGGGAAGGAAAUUACAGGUUCCACUGGGUGCUAAUGGAUGUGCCUAUUUUUCGUUUGAGGAACUCUGCGACCGGCCUCUUGGCGCAGCAGACUAUUUUGGACUAUGUAAAAACUUCCAUACGCUGGCUCUAGAAGGCGUACCGAUUUUUGGGCUUCACAAUAAAACUGCAGCGUACCGUUUUGUGACCUUGGUCGAUGUAAUUUAUGAAAAUAGAGCUAGACUUUUAUGCACAGCCGAGGGGACUCCAGUUGAACUUUUCGAAAGGAUUGUGACAAUAUCCGAUGCCCAACACGUGGCACCUAGAACAUCUUCAAGGUCAAGGAAGAACGACGACUUUGACCUUUGUGUGGAUAACGAAUUGGGUUUUGCAAAAGAUCGUACCAUUAGUAGGUUGACAGAGAUAAACAGCAAAGAGUACUUACAACAACAUGCCGAAAUGUUGGCCAAGAAGCAGCUUCCAGCGGAAAAUCGCGCAGAAAAUGCAAUGCAGGCAUAAUUGAUAGGAAUCCAUACAUUUUUCCCAACUCAGGGAUUCAUUCUUGCCUGUAAAAUUGUGCAAUAGCAUAUCAUAAAAGUGAAGUUGAUUAAGUUUUGAGUGGAAAUGAGAUGCACAAGUGUGAUAUAUGGUAGUAGUUGUUUAGGUGGACUUGAGAAAUAAUCUUGAUUAUUUGUAAUUACUUAUCUGAUUGAGCCAACAUCUUGAAAUAAGAAUGGCUUCUCAAAAGCAUUUCUUCUGUUGAAAAAUACUAGUGUACUUGAAUAAUGUAGCUUUUAUCUAUCUAUUCAUUUUUAUGUAAACCAAAAGGUA